AUGUUUUGUACAGGGAUGCUGCACACGACAGCGUCCGAAACUCGUUGCGGGGCCAUGCCUGACACCCAGAGCCGGGCCUCGGGUUUUGCUGCUGCCGUGCGUCUUUCAUUUUCCAACACCGUGGACGUGGCCAUGGAGAGGACUGCUACUGCAAGUGAUGUUAUCGCAGCGGUGAAGGCGAAGUUGCCUGGAGACCCAUGGCAUGGAAACGUCUUGCUGUCACGCGGCGCACGGAAGUUCACGGCCACAGACGAGAUGCCGCCUCAGACGAAGGCUGGCAACGAGUUGGCUCUGGCUAACUAUGGCCGCUUACAUUCAGCCGGCAGCCCGCUCCAAAUCCCGACAGAGCUCAGCGGCAUUACCAUUCCGCAAAUUCAGGCCCUACUCGCCUUCAUGCAAGGUAUGGUGCUGUGCUGGUUUGGCACCUUUGGUGCAGAAUGUGGGCGACCUCUAUCCUUUGAGUGCUUCAAUCUGUAUCAUGCAGACUACUGGAUCUUGCAGCCGGCGACUGCAGGAGCAGGUGGGCGCGGCUGCAGCUAUGUGGAGCUCGUGGCAGAGAGCAUAGAAGCACAACGUCCCACAUGGUUUGUAUCACAUGCCUGGAAAGAGCCAAUCGUGCUGUUCCUGCGGUGCUUGCUCCGCCACGCGGCCGUGCGAGAUUUGCACUGGGCGAUGCCAUCCCGAGAGGCACCUUUCGCAACGCAGCUGCAAUGA